AUGAUUUCCAUAAUUUCUUUUGAGCUUUAAGGGAUAUAAACAUUCUUAUACAUUUUGCCUUGUACCAGCUACAUUCACUUUAAUUAUAACCAUUUUAUACUUUCAAGGGAUAUCGUAUUUAUAAUAGAGAUAGUAAACCUUCAAGUUUUGAUUAUGAUGACAAUUUUAAUUGAAUUUGCAAAUUUCUAUCAACAUUUUGAAUUUGACAACUUGAAUUUGUGUCAUUACUAUAUUUGCUUAAGUUUACAAAUAAUAUUUUGCCGCGUGAUGCUUAUAUUUUCAGAAAGGUUAUUUAUCAGAGCCAUCUUGUUAAGUUAAAUUGCUCGAUGUCUUGAUAAUUAACUUCUUGUAACAAAAUUUGUUCUGAAUUACAAUUAUCUUGGGGUUACUUUCAAAUAUUUGGAGGAAAAUUGUUAAUUCAUAAAACUAGUACUGAUGGUAAUGCUUGCACAAGAUCUUGAAUAGAAUACAGUUAAACUAUAGCUUAAACUGCUACACUUGACUUUUUGUUGGAAAAAAAUUUCUAAUUAUGAAUUAGUGAUAUUUGGAAUGCAAAUUGAUGAGCUACUUGUAAUACUUUCCUUUCAUUCUAAUAGUUCUGUUGUUGAUUUUUAUAAUCUACUAUACCAGUAAAUAAAGCCCCAAUGUUUGAAGUGCAUUUUAUUGCUUGAUAUAUAUAAAUUUGAUGUAACAUCGGCACCCUCUGCAUUCAUUUAAUGUCUUAAUAAUUAUGAGAACCUUUCAUAUUGCAUAUGUAUUUAGUAAUAACAAAUCUAAAUGACAUCAAAACUUUUUAAAUCAAAAAUAAAUUAUCUACUUGGAUAAUAAGAAUGCAACCAUAAUUUUUACCAUUUGUAAAGACCAUGCUGUUUUAAAUCUUAGUAAUAAUUAUUGAGUGUUGGCUUGUGUUUAACUUUCUUUAUUAAUUUACAGCAGUAUUGGCUUAUUAGUUGUUUAUUGUUACCUUUGUAAUAUUUGACUUAAUAGGAGAGAGUGUUGAUAUUUUUACAGCUACAAAAUCUUGACAGUAAGAAUUAUUUAUUGAUGCUCUUUUAUAACUGUACAAUUAGGUAUUAUAUGUUCUUUAACGUUAGUGUCCUAAAUUGCUCAAAUGAACUGAAGUUGAAAUACUUUUUACUCAAAUAUUACUAAUCUACUUUUAUUGCCAUAACAAAAAUUUUCUUGAGCACUUUAAUGGUGAUUAAGAUUAUAUCCUGUGAAGUGCGUUAGCUAGACACAGCAUACAAUGGUGGCUAAAUUUUAAAUUGCAAAAUCUAGCAACUUAUAUCUGUAUAUAUAUUAAUUAAAAGCAAAGGAUAAUGUGGUAGUUUUUUUUUAACAGAUAGAAAAUCGAUACGAGUAAAUACGAAUAAAAUAUUCAUAAAAUGUAUUAAUCUGAGUUUAUCUAUUCCAGCAAAAUUGCUUCUACCUAUCCAGAUUGAUCAAAAGACUUCUAAAACAUAAUAAAUUUUAGUUGUGUUGAAUCUUUUGUCCACAACACUCACUUAUUACUUUACUCAUCAUUUUAGAAAUGGUAUAAAUAACCCUUCUAUUCAGAUAUUACAUAUGAUAAUCAAGUAUUCAAGCUCUGGAGCUAUACUAAGCACAUUCUCUACAAAGCUUUAUCAUAUACUGAAAAAUACAUUUGAGCGUAUCUUAAUUAUCUUUAUGUUGGGCAAAGCUAAGUACAUAUUUAACAAUUAAAAUUUAAUUGAUUAGUUAAUAGCCGGGACUUAGUUUGAAAACUACAAUAUUGCUAGAGGAAAAAAAUUUACUGCUCGAUUCUAUAGAUAUCCUAAUUCAACCACUCAAAGUUAUCAAUAAACACACUCUUUUUUCAAAUCAUAUGCCAGCUCUAUUAGCUACUAGUACAAAUCACAAAAGCAUAAACGCUUCUUUUUACAAAGGCUAAUUGUUUCCAGAAAAUCUCAUUAAUACUCGUAUUUGAUACAAGAUAUUUGUUAGGCAACUACAGAGUCUGGCUUGUAUUAAUAAAUUCUAAAUGCAACUUCUGAUACCUUUACUGACUGUUAUAUGUUUACCCAAUAAUAUGAGUAACAUUGUUAAGACAUUGCAAAAUAUGACUCAUACACUGUGCAAAAUUAAAUGUAAAAGCUCUUGCAUGAAAAUGAUUAACAAUUUAGUAUGUACAUCAUUUGCAAAAUUUAUACUUCAAGAUAAGUAAAAGGUAAUUUCAGCGAAAGGAAGAUAAUCGCUAUUACUGACAAAUAGACAUUUUGUUAACAUCAACGAUUUGAACCUUUGGAAACUAAAAGACUAUUUAAAAUUAUUAAUCCACUUUCUAACGCAAAUUUUUCAUAACACUUUAUGUGCAUCAAGUGCAAAGUGUAAUGUUAUCGUAUGGAAUUUUACUUUCAAAAGACUAAUUGUGGCAGUUUUAAGAAGUCUAGACAGCGAGAAAUGAAGACCCCAAGAACAAGAAAUACUUUAUUUAGGAUCAUAAAUAGAAAUUUGGGAAAUGCAAAGGAUUUAAGCACCCUAUCUUAAUACUUUGAAGAGUUAUUUGAACAUCAACUUCUGCUUGGAGUUGAUGUUUAAUUUAAAUAAAAUCAAUCAUAAAGAACAACAUUUGUCCCAUCCAAUAUUAUUUUAAUCAGAUUACAGUUUUUACACAACACUAUCCAAUGGCUCGCAAUUUUUAUUUAACAAUUGCUUGCUUCCAAUGAAACAAGACUCUCGAUUCACCAUCGGUUGAGGAUUACAAUUUUUUAUUAAAGCCAUCAAUGUAAUUUGUGUGUUAAUAAAAGAAUCAAUAAGUUAGCAAUGCUUUUGGGCUUAAGUGUAUAAAUAUCAGUGCCUUGGUUUUUAUUUGAUAAUAUCAAAUAAACUCUUAAAUAUUGCCUUAUGUGUUAAGACAGAGUCGCUCUUAUAUUAAGAGAUUUCUUUUAAUUCCGUUCUAUAGGGCUAGAAUUAGUUCGUCAAAUUCUUGCUUACUUUAUUCCUUUUCAGUAUGAAUUUCUCAGAAUUAUAUUCUCUAUGACAAGAUGA